CUUUACAAGACAUUGAUGAAAUUUAUAUUACUUUUAUUAUUUUCAGUCAUUAUAUCAUUUGCUAAAGAAACUCAGUUUGAUCCAAAUCCAGAUGAAAGUGGACCUGUUGCUGGAAGCACCCCUUACCAUCCAUACAUUGGGUUACCUGUAACCACUUGGUCUAUUAUUCAAUUGAAUGAAACUGAAAGAAAAGGUGUUUGCAAUAAUCAAACGUCGUUUUGUAAAGAUCAAUGUGGAGGAGAUAACUAUAUCACAGCAAAUUUCUGCAAUACUGCUACAAUGGCAUGGGGAUGCAAUUGCUCGAAUCAUAUCCCAAGCUCACCACCUUAUCAUUGGCCAGUUGUUGUAGCCGAAUGUCAAGGAAAAGAGUCUUCUUGUCUGGCUGGAUGUGGUGAUGGUGUUGCGAAAGAUAUAUGUCGUGAGGCCUGUUCGAGAUAUUACAAAUGCGAUCAAGCUGGCGGCCCACAGAGUGGAUUGAGAGUAGAUAGACCAGAUCAAGCACCUGUCUAUGAUGUACCAGUGAUAAGUAACUCCCUUGCAUCUACCUUUUCAUAUGACUCCUACACAUUUUUAAAUACACUAUUUGUGACAAGCUUAAUGCUUUACUUUAAUCAUUUUUAGUGACAAAACAAACAAAC